UUCCACUGCUGCUGAGAACAAACGUGUAGGUCGAAAUGUUCAACUAAUUAUAUAAAUAAAUGCAGAUUAACCCCCAUGUUCAGGGAUACUGAUAACUAAGUGAGGCUGUCAGGGAACCCACAGAGACACCUUGAGGUCACUCACCCCGCCAAAACAUAGGCUACAGUAUUUCUAGCAGUAACUUCACAUAGAAUAAUAUUUAGUGUUUUCAUCGAUAUGUCAUGUUAAUGAGCAAACUUAAGACAUUGUGGUAGGUGUAUUUCUUCACUUUGUAUAGAGGAUAUCUUUGUGAAGCGAACCGUCUGCUGGCUAUAGCUUCAUAUGGCUUUCAUAUAUUCAUAUAGCUCCAUGUAUUUCUCUUUUUAUCUAGGUCUUGGCACAAAAGCAAAUAAGCAGAUUUCCCAAAUUGUCUCGGUAUUUUUUUAACAAUGUUUUGUCAAACUGAAUUCACAUUCAUCUGCCAAGCUUUCUCUACCAUUCUCAGGUUGCAAGCUGGCUGAGGACUGCCAGCCUUCAAGAGAUCGUAUCGACAGUGAGGUUGCUGAGCGGGAAGCAGUCACAUUAUGUGGAACCUCAUGUUGUGUUCAAAAAGAUGUCCUUCACUUUCCCCCCACAAUCCCAAACCAUGCAGUUCAGAUGAAUUGGAGCCUGCAGGGGUGAAGUAAAGAAAUGGAUGGAUCCAUUUCUACAGUCCAUGACGCAUGUUCGAAACGUGGAAUUGUCCUCACUCCAGGGUUAAAGUGUACUUUGACUCGGUGCAGAUAAACUCUGACUUCAGCUGCCAUUAUAAAACUGAUAAGUACCCCUCAUCAACACGUGAGCAUCGUUGGCUCUGAUCAGCUUCUCUGCCAAACCUCAGCCUCAAUCCUUGAAGUAACAAAUUGAAUAAUUAAUCUCUCAUAUGUGUCACAGGCUAACUCCUCCCUGACCCAGAUAAAGCUUUUAACCCAAGUGGCGUGGGACAACGCAACAGCUCCACGGCAGAACUGCUUCUCUCUUGAACUUGAUCUGCACUCAUGAAGACUCUUCAGGAAAAGAUCAUCGUCCUAUCUGUUUUUCUGACUCUGACCUGUGUCAUUCAGGUGGAUUCCCUGCCGGUUCCUGAAGACUGGAUUGGUUUGAUCCAGCGGACCAAGCGGUCCCUCCUGUGGCGCUGGAACAGCAUGAAGCCUGUGGGCGCCAGCUGCAGGGACCACUUGGAGUGCGCCACGAAUUACUGCAGGAAGAAUGUCUGUGUCUUCUGCAACGCCACUUGUAGAGGAUACACAAACAAAAUGUCAUCAGGGUGACAAAACAUGAAUCUACCUUAUGGACCAAAACCACCUGCUUAAAAAUGAACCCUGUAUAAAGAUAUUCUAGCUUGAUUGUAAGACCUGUCGUCACUUGAUUGUGCAUUCAGUGAAAGUAAUAUGUUCUGUUCAACAAAACAAAGCUGUAAAUGAUGCAUUUAUAUGUACAAACAAAUGGCUCCAUCUAUAGAGCAAUAUUGAGUUUUAUCAUUUGAAUUUCAAACACUUGCAGGACACCUGACAAGUUGUAUUUAAUUUUUUUAAACAAAUAUAAAUAUCCAUGCAAAGUU